AUGAAGAUACUCCAUGUUGUCUCCUACUGUCUCCUCUCAGGUGAGUCUUUUACCUGGGUUUGUGCAGGGUUAAAGUCAGAUGUAUGCAGUGUUAAAGUUAGAUUUGUAGAGGGUUAAAGUAAGAUUUGUGCAGUGUUAAAGUACAAUUUUAGCAGGGUUCAAGUACAAUUUUAUCAGGGUUAAAGUAAGAUUUGAGCAGGGUUAAAGUAAGAUUUGAGCAGGGUUCAAGUAAAAUGUGAGCAGGGCUUAAGUAAGAGUUGAGCAGGGUUAAAGUAUAUUCCCAGGUCAUAAUUUGUGACUGUACUGUUCUUCUGUCUGACAGCUCUGUGUGUUGUGGAGUCAGCUGUCGUUAAUGUGAAGGAGGUGGUGGGAGGACAAGUCAAAAUCAAAUGCUCUCACACAUGGGCAGGUGACAAUGACAAAUAUUUCUGCAAAAGAAAAUGUAACCAGGGAGAUUUACUUGUUCAAACUAAGGGCAGCAAACAUUAUUUUGAGAAAGAGAGAUACACCAUUGAAGACUUAAGAAAUGGAGUCUUCUAUGUGACCAUCAAGAACCUGAGGAAGUCAGACUCUGGUACCUACUGGUGUGGAGUGGGGAGAUAUGGCCCAGACACAUUCCAAGAGGUGCAUCUCAUAGUUACAGAUGGUAAGUGAACACAAUCACAUUAGCCUUUUCAAAUUCCCAGUUUAUUGCUUGUUUAUAGGCUACAUGUCAUAUUUCCAGUGAGAGAAAAGCAAAUGGUGACUGUAUUUGUGGAUACCUGUUCUUUGUCUUUCAACACAGCUACUACAGCUGUCACCCCCAGACCCCAUGUCUCCACAACCCUCCCAAACCUCUCUGCAACAUCUCCAAACAUCUCCACAACCUUUCUGGCAUCUGGAGACAUCAGUGGUCACUCUUCAUCAAGAACAGGUAUGAUGAAUCUCUCAUCUCAGACAUUACAACUAAUAUGUUGUGAUAUGAAAUGCUGUGAUAUAACGCUGGAGGAAAUCAAAUAUAUCUGUUCAAGCAUUGGAAAAAUAUAUCUCUCUCUCUCUCACUGCUCUCUCUCUCCUCUCUCUCACUACCCCCCCCCCCCCCCCCUCUCUCAAAUUGUUUUUCUCUCUCUCUCUCUCUCUCUCUCUCUCUCUCUCUCUCUCUCUCUCUCUCUCUCUCUCUCUCUCUCUCUCUCUCUCUCUCUCUCUCUCUCUCUCUCUCUCUAGAUUAUCCUACAUUGGACUCUCCCGGUGCAGGACAGAGUCAGAGUGC